UUAGGUUUGUGAGGAGAGUUAUACGAAGUUUCACGGCCGUUGAAAUUCUGUAGCAGAAGGAGGAGCAGACGCCGCUGAAGAUGGUGAAAGGAAGGGAAGGAGAGAGAGUCAGACUCUACAUCCGAGGAACAAUUCUCGGCUACAAGAGGUCUAAAUCCAACCAGUAUCCGAACACUUCAUUACUCCAGAUCGAGGGUGUUAAUUCCAAGGAUGAGGUUUCCUGGUACCAAGGAAAGCGAUUGGCUUAUAUCUACAAGGCUAAAGUGAAGAAGAAUGGGACACAUUAUCGAUGGAGAACCUAGAUGAAACUACUGGAAGGGAUUUU